UACUGAUUCAUUGCAUUGUGUAUAGUCUGAUUGCAUGUAGAUCAGGCGUUUUUAUUGGCGGUAAUCUUCUUGCAAUGAAUAUAAGACAUUUUUUUACUAAAAAACGGCCAUUAGACGAUGAAGGGUAGUCCUACUGGUAACAAUCCUAGCUGCUUUGCUGAGGCAAAAAGCUUGCCAACCCUUUCAAAGGCACAGGACGUGAAUAUCCAAGCCAUAGAUCUAACGCUUCUUCAGUUGGAAGAAAGGUUUUCGGAUAAUGACGACCUAUUGAUGGCCAUUAGUAGCAUUGAAGAAUUUGAUUUGAUAAAACUUCAACCUCUAAAAAAACUUGGUAAGAGAUCAUUUAAAAUCACCUAAA